AUGGAACCUAUGCAAUCACAAAUGAGUCAAAAUGAAUUAAGUCAGAUAUUGAAUAAAUGUUCUCAAUUUAAACCACGUGAUUUUAAAAAUAAUAAAAAUAUUGAAUAUUUACAUUAUUUAGAAGAGAUAUUAGAACAUUUUUAUGAUACAAAACGGCCAGUAUAUUGUUCAUUAGAAUUACUAAAAAAUAUUAUAACAAAUAUUUUAUUGUAUAUUAAUCAGGAUGGAUUGUGGACAGGAAAAAAGAAAGAUCACUCGAUUAAUAUAGCUACGAUUGCUUGUCGUUUUAUAUCAUAUAUUUGUGAAUUAGAUGUUGAAUCAGCCAGAAAUUUAAAAUCUCAAAUUCAAAUAAUUUUACAAUGGUUACAAGAUGAUCAACAUUAUUUACUUAAAAAAUUCUCUACAAGUACAAAUCAAAAUUUAUCGUCUGAUCGUUUUUCAUUAAUCAUUAAAUUUUAUCAAUCUGUAUAUGAUGCUUUCGAACAUUAUUAUCUUAUUUGUUCAAAUCGUACUGAAUUUGUUCAUGAACUUUUAUCAAAACAAUCAAAAUUGACUAAAAAAGUCACAUCUUAUCUCGUAUUUUCUCGUCGUAUUGAUUCAUCAAAUCUCAACUGUACAAAUGUUCUUGAAUUUACUGUUGAAUUAUUCGAAUAUUUAUUAAAUAUUGAAUAUAAAACGAAUAAUAUUAAUCAUUUACUUAAUCGAUUAAUUAUAUUUUUUUCAACUAAUUUUAGUAGUUCACCAUUUUCAGACUAUCUUAUUCGUACUAAUUUUUAUAAAUUAUUAUUAACAUCUAUUUCACAUUCUUCAUUAUAUACUCAAUUUGUUAUUAAUGAAACGGCUCAAUCACAAACAGAUUCAACCGAUUCACUCUUUAUUUAUAGUCAUAUGUUAAAUAUUAUUAGUGAAUUUGUUUUAAAUCCAAAUUUAAGUAAAAUUAUUAUUCAAGAUUUAUGUGAUCAUUCAUUUAUCGAUACAAUGAAAAUGUUAAUUAAAGAAUUAAUUGAUUGUGGAACAACGACACCAUUAUUAUUUUGUGUACAAUGUUUGAGUAAUAUAUUGUCAACGACAGAAGCAUCAAUAAUCGUAGAAUAUUUUAUUCGAUCUGAAUUACUAACAUUAUUAACAAAUUAUCUGAUGAAUCUAAUUGAAAAAUCAACAUUAGGUAAUGGAAAAAUGAUUAUUAAAUAUUUACAUGUUGAUGUUAUACGAUCAAUUCUAUCAAUUAUGUACAAUAUAUCAACAUUAGAUGAUAACUACAGAGUGCAUUUUAAUGUUGAUAUAAUUAGUCAAUUAUUCAAAUAUUUAGUAAAAUGUGACUAUGGUCAAUUACGUAUUAUAUCGUGUCUACUAUUUUCAAAUAUUGCUACUCAAAAACAACUUGAAAAUGAAAGUGAACUAUUAUCACAAUAUAUUAUAGAACAAUUACUUGUAUUUAUACGUAAUGCGUCAAAAAAUGAUGAUCAUCAUCUUUAUGAUCAUACAAUAUCUUUAUUAUCACUUGUACAAUGUUUAAAAAAAAUUUGUGUUUAUGAUAUAAUUAAACUUAAAAUUGAAGAAUUAAGAGGUAUUGAAUUAUUAUUUAAAAUAAUACGUGUUAAUGAUGUUCAUCAUUCAACUGAUAAUGUACAUUAUAUACAAGAAGAAUUAGAAAUUAUUUUAGAAUGUAUUUGGUUUUUGGCAUUUAAUGAUAAAUGUGCAACAAAAAUAUAUUCAAAUGAUAUUUAUUUUUCAUCAUUAGUUCAAAUAGCUGAAUUAAAUCCAAAUGAACAUAUUGUAUCAAAAGCACGCGGUACAUUGUGGCAAUUAACACAGACACUAGAAUUCAAUGAACAAAAACAACCAUUAGCAAAACAGAAAAAAAUAAUUCAACCAUCACAACACAUCAUGAUAAGUUAUAAUCACGAUACAAAAGAUGUAUGCAUGAAAAUAUGUAAUCAAUUACGAAAAAAUGGCUACACUGUUUGGAUCGACACAGAAAAUAUGCACGGUUCAACACUCGAAUGUAUGGCCCUAGCAAUUGAACAAGCGUUUGUAAUAUUAUUAUGUAUUACGGAAAAAUAUAAACAAUCACCCAAUUGUCAAUGUGAAGCAGAAUAUGCAUAUCGUUUAAAAAAGCCUUUUGUACCUAUUCUCAUGCAAAAAAAAUAUAAACCUGAUGGAUGGCUUGGAAUACUAGUGGGAACAAGACUUUACAUCGAUUUUAAUAAAAAUGAUUUUCAGACAAAUUAUGAAAAAUUAUUAAAUGAAAUCGAAGCUGUUACUCGUUAA